AAUUCUGCAAGUAGUUCUAAUUUACUAUCGCUGUUCUCUAGCUGGUCUAAAACCGCUUUUGACCUAAAGGGACGCUUUUUGGACGCCAUGGAUGUUUCUCAUUUUCCAGGCAGAAAGAACAGUAAAAAUGCAGGCAGGGCACAGGACAAAGCACUCGGGACAAAAUGUAUGUGAAAUGGUUUGAUACAUGAAUGUCACUUUUUUUUUCAUUUUCAAAUUUCCCGCCCUUCCAUCCCCCGUACGUCCCGACGCUCGCAGGGGACGGAACGCAGAUGACAGAUGCCGGCAUCCGCCGGAGGACAUUACAGGGGACACUGCAGGAGGGACAU